GUUGAGCAAGAACUAUUGGGGAAGUAUCGCGACAUCGACUUGCAGUUCGGUCCAGCAUUCGGCGGUGGGACAUACAAAGACAAUUUCAGUUGCUGUUUGCGCCUCGUUCCCUACGAGAACACCGUCCUGGCUCCUUUGCUCUACUCCCAUGACGUCAAGACCCAGCAGCAUCUAUGCCAUCCACAAGGACAUUGCAAUUCCCCUGGAAUACUUAAAAGCAUCGAAAAAAGACAAAGUAUUCUUACAGCCAAAGACGCAUCUUUAUAUUUUUACCUACCAGAAUAAGCCUGGAUAA